AUGUCUCGACCAGGGGAUACCACCGCCGACGCCGACGCCACAGCCAACGACAAACUCAUCCUCCAACAAUAUCUCCGCGACCUCAUCUCCGGAAGCCACAUCCUGCACUACCACAACGUGCUCGACGCCUUUGGCCACCUCUCCUUCCGCCACCCCUUCAAGCCGCACAUCUUCAUCAUGUCCCGCAACGCCGCACCGGGCACCAUUUCGUCCACUGGCGACCUGAUCGAGUAUUACGUCGAGGAUGCUCGGCCCGUGGACCCCAACGCGGCGCCGGGUUUCCUCGAACGCUGCAUCCACAGCGAAUGCUACAAGCGGUACACCCACAUCAACAGCGUCAUCCACAGCCACUCCGAGGCCGUCGUGCCGUACACGUUCAGCGGCGUGCCGCUGCGCGCGUGCUACCACAUGGCGGGCUUUUUGGGCACGGGUUGCCCCGUGUGGGACAUCGCUGACGCGCAGACGGAGGACGACGUAAGUGAUUUGCUGGUGCGGAAUACGCACCUCGGAGGGUCGCUGGCUACAGCUUUCGGUAGUGCUGGGGAGGACAGCAGUGGGGACUCCCCACGACAUGUCGUCGUGUUGAUGCGCGGCCAUGGCUUCACCGUCCUCGCGGGGAGUAUGCAGGACUGCGUCAUGCGGGCGGUGUAUACGCAGAAGAACGCGGCCAUUCAGAGCACAGCCCUCACCACCCGGGCGGCGGAUCCGGCUGCUAUGGCCUCUUCUCCGAUCAAGUAUCUCAGUGAGAAGGAGGUGCGGGAUACGACGUGGUCGAUUCGGCAGUCUGCGCAUCGGCCUUGGGGGCUUUGGCUGCGCGAGGUGGAGGCGCAUGGGCUUUAUUCCAACUCGGCGUGA